CAGUUUGUCACAUUGUUACGUUCACAUAUUCAGUUAACUUCUUGUAUAUUGAGUAGAGACAGUAUGAUCAUGUAUACGACUGCUAUUUUUCUAAUUUUCAUUACUGUCAGCGUUUCAAAUAAAUAUGUAAUCGCUGAAAAUGACGAAGACGUGUCAACAGACUUGUACGUUAUCGAAGGAAAAGUUUUUCCAUGGGAAAAUAAAGCCUCAAAUAGCUGGCAGCUUAUGACACACGUCAUGGCUAAUGGUGGAGAACAUUAUGGUUUUUUGAGGGAAGAUGGAACAUUUAUUAUUUCAAAUGUACCAUCUGGAUCUUAUGUUAUUGAAGUUGUAAAUCCCAACUGUGUGUAUGAACCUGUUAGAGUAGAAAUUAACUCAAAAGGAAAAUUCAGAGCGAGAAAAGUUAAUUUAAUUCAAACAUCUCAAGUAAUACAAAUUCCUUACCCAUUAAAAAUGAGACCAGUUACACCAUUCCGCUAUUUUCAAGUUAGAGAACAAUGGAAAGUAACAGACUUUUUGUUUAAUUCAAUGGUGUUAAUGAUGAUCUUACCCUUAUUAUUACUUAUGAUUGGACCAAAAAUUAUGAACGAUCCAGAUGCAAGAAAGGAAAUGGAACAAUUGAAUAAUCUCACUAAAUUGCCAGAAAUGUCUGAAGUUAUAACAUCAUUCUUGUCCGGAGGAGAAAAGCAAAAACCAAAAGCAGUAAAAGCUGCAAAAAAGAGGCAAUAACCGAAAGGCCUCAUAGAAUAAUAUUUGCA